AUGAUUUGCUCCAGUGUAUUUGAUGCAUUGUGGCUGCUCGUAUUUAUUUCUGCAUCCAUUGUUUGUCCUGCAUCAUUUUCCGAAGUCACAGUGAUAACCGAUCCAAAGUUCAGCACACCUAUCACCAAUGUAACGGCAGCCGUGGGACGAGAAGCCACCUUAACAUGUGUAGUGCAUGAUCUAGGUGCUUAUAAGGUCGCAUGGUUGCGGGUGGACACCCAAACAAUACUCACCAUCCAAAAUCAUGUCAUUACGAAGAACAAACGAAUUGGUAUUACAUAUACAGAGAAAAAAACUUGGCAACUUCGAAUCAAGGAUAUCCGUGAAACAGAUCGGGGAUGGUACAUGUGCCAAAUCAAUACGGAUCCAAUGAAAAGCCAGAUGGGAUAUCUGGAUGUUGUAGUACCGCCGGACAUACUGGACUACCCGACCAGCACUGAUAUGGUUGUACGGGAGGGUAGCAACGUGACGCUGCGAUGUGCUGCCGUAGGAUCGCCUGCCCCAGCAAUCGUGUGGCGCCGUGAAGCUGGCGAUAACAUCUCCCUGCAAGACGGUGAGCAAGUAUCAUCUGUCGAAGGUCCAACGUUUACAAUACCGAAAGUCAACAGAUUGCAUAUGGGUGCGUAUCUAUGCAUUGCGUCCAAUGGAGUUCCACCGUCGGUUAGCAAACGGGUAAUGUUGAUAGUGCACUUUCCGCCGAUGAUAUGGGUGCCCAAUCAGCUGGUCGGGGCGGUUGAAGGUCAACGAAUGACUCUUGAGUGCCACUCGGAAGCUUAUCCCAAGUCAAUUAACUAUUGGACCCGCGAAAAGGGUGACAUUGUUCCCCAAGGUGGUAAGUACGAGCCGGUUCUGAUAGACAACGCGUACAAAGUGGUGAUGAAGCUGAGCAUCAAGGUUGUGAGCCAGGCCGAUUUUGGUGCCUACAAAUGUAUCGCUAAAAAUUCCUUAGGGGAAACCGACGGAACCAUCAAACUAUACAAGCUACCAAAAAGUGCAAUCAACUCAGUGGAGGCUAUAGACGGCAAGCGAAGAAAUAAAUCGCGAAAAGGGAGUAACUUUUACGAAUCUAACGAUUUUAUGGAUGAAGAUUUGGACAGCAGCAGUAAGAGGAAAGAUGUAAUAAUAAGCGGUAAUCGAAAUGACGACAGCUAUGAAAUAUCAACAACUGGAGUGAAUGGAGCCAUUUGCUCCAAAGAAUUGUUAUACGGCAGGAUACACAUAGUAAUAGUUUUAGCAGUUGUCAUUUUUGCUUUGCAAGUCGGAACAAUUUGA